AUGGUGCACACGGUACAGAUCACCAUGACAUCCUUAAUAUCGUUUCUCUUCGAUGCGACACCAAGACCCGGGCUGCAGCCUGUCCCGAACACAAAACCCUUGACCUUCGAGGCUGCCGUACUACCGCCAAUCAUAUACUUUCUGGCACUACUCUUCUUACCGCCUCCACCACCACAGUCCAUCGAUACUAUUGCAAUCAAACUGCUCCGGAAUGCUCUGGCUCUUCUAGCUGGAGUUUUGUUCUUCCGGCUGCCAUUGGCAUACUACGUUCCGCAAAGCAUCGGACUAAACUACCAGCUCGCUCUUGUUGGUCUAUAUGGCGGGUGCAGAGUUCUAGAUGCUUUCUUCAUCAGUCCCUAUGGCUUUGGGCACAUCCCGCGCCGUGUUCGCUAUAAGCACAUCUCGCGAACUCACACGCCCAUGCCGGUAGAUGUCGAUAACGAGCCUGAAAACCCAGCCAAAGGUGCAGCCCAGGCCAAUGCCGAGAACUCGACUGUUUCUGGUGCUGUCUCUAAUGCUGCUAGUCAAGCUCGCCGUGGAUCGCUAGCCGACUCGUACUUUAUUCUCGAGAAGAAGCUUUCCAAUCUCAGUGAGAUGAAGCCUGUAUACGAACUGGCAUCGAGCGAAGAAGGCUGGCCGCACAAUUUCAUGGACCGUGCAUCGUGGGCUCUCGAGCUCGAAACUAGCAUGCGUGGUAUUGGCUUCACCUGGACAACAGCUGAUGUGCGACACUCUCGCAAGACGUGGUUGCCAACUGCCACCAAUCGUCUGCAUUCCAUCUUUUUCCAUGUUGGCCCUGUCUUGGCCGUCUGCUUUGCUAUCAUCAGGACUACUUAUGUAAACUACUUCGAGGGAGUGCCUCAAGCAGAAUUUGGCGUUCACACCGAGAAUUUGUUCGACAGUCGCUUACCUCUGUGGUUGCAGCUCCUCUUGACUGCAGCUCUUGGUGCUUUCCUUAUGGCCGCCUUCUCUGUGGCACACUCCAUGGCUGCCAUAUUGAUGAGCCCUUUGGCUCCUUCGCCACUUGCAUACUUCCCACCUCUGUACAGCACGCGCAUUUGGGAUAUCAAAUCCGUGCGAGGUUUCUGGUCUUACGGCUGGCACAGACUGUUUGCCCGGUUAUUCUUAGUGUACGGUGUUUGGCCUGGUGAGUGGCUUGAGAGGAAGCUCACAGGCAAAAGAAGCGACGAACCAGCAGACGUUGGCAAGGUGCUUGGUGGCUUCAUCUCUUCCGCCUUUGUCCAUUCAUUCGCCGUCAGAUCAGUGCUAGGCGGCAAGUGGAGUCGUGCACUCGGAGAAGCCAAAUUCUUCGCUGCGAACGGAUUCGCCGUGGUAGUCGAGGAAGCUGUCCGCCGAAAAGUAAUGGCUUGGAGGAAGAAGAGAAAUCUACCAUUGGAAAUGUGGUAUGAUGCUUACAUUGGUCGUGUCUGGUGGAUCGCUUUCCUCUUGUUCAGUGGCAGAAACUUCGCAAGAGGAUGGGUAAAUGCUGGCUUGGUUAGAGAAAUGGCUGGCAAGUAA